AUGACAAAGCCACAACAAUACGCACGUCGCCUUAGCUCGGGUUCUGCCUGUGAGACCUGCAGACGACGCAAGACAAAAUGUGAUGGCGGACAACCCUGUGCAUUUUGUUCUUCUAACGGUAUCAAAUGUUCGCACCGACUCAAGCCCAAGAAAAAGAUGUUUACUGUGAUGGAAUUAGAGUUAGCCUAUCGGCCAUAUCCAAAAUAUGGUAGACAAGGAUCUACGCUCUCCUUUAACAAGGAUCUAAAAUUAGUUACUCCGUUUUCAUCCACAGUACCGAGUAUCACUGAUCAACUCUCCUGUCAUACAUUUACAAUCGAAGCCGCAUAUAUGUAG